AUGAGUGACAAUAGAUAUAUCAAUGUGACACAAAAAGAAAAAGACGAUUUAUGUGAUGGUAUAAAUUUUCAAAAUACAUUAGAACAAUUACAAAUUUUGGAUCAACGUAAUCAGUCUCCAUCAUUAAAACGACACCGAACCAAUGGAAGUGAAUAUCAAUAUGAUGAUGAUCGCGACCAUGUAAAUAACGAUAAUGAAAGUAAUUAUCAACAACAAAAAAACUCAAAAUACAAAAGAGGAAAUAAUUACUCGAGAACCGAUCAAUCAUUAACAACCAAUAGCAGAACAUAUACAAACUCAAAUUCGAAUAUGACCAAAAAAAGAUUUGCUCAACAACAAGGCAAUACAACAAGUAAUAUCAACGAUUUAAAUAAUAAACAACAUGUAAAUCACAAAAAUCCAUUUCAAAUUUCAAACCAAGCACUGAACUAUGCAGCAUCAACUCAUCUCCAUCCGAUUAAAUUAGAAUGUGAACCCACAAUGAAAGAUCAAAGAACAGCAGCCAAACUCAUUCAACAAUUCUUCAAAUAUAUUGAAAAAGAUUUCUAUCAACAGAAUAUUACUCAACAAAAACCGAUUGGUUUUGAACAAUGGUGGAUUGACAAAGAAGGUAAUAUUCAAGGUAUAACGAAAGUAAUAGAUUUAUAUGUAUUUUUAUGUAAUCCACAACGAUAUCCAAAAGAAAUUAACAAUUUUAAAAUUACACCUCAUCCUCCUAAACAUUUACCUCCUCAAAGAUCUGUCAUUUUAAAAUGGAUCAAGAACUCAAUUUCAUGUAAUGAACUUAAAGAAGAAUUAGAAAUAAAAUUUAAAUCAAUUUAUUCAAUCAGAGAUAUUAUUGGAACUAUAAAUACAAGAAAUAGACACGUACGAAUUGAUUUUCAAGAUGAAACGGAAUAUAACACAAUUUUGAAUAGUGGAUAUGUACCAAUUUAUGGUCAGUUAAUUGAAUGCGACGAGUUCCUUCCUGCUCCAAAAUUAUUAAUAUGUUCAAAAUGCAACACACCUGGACAUGCUAAGAAAGCAUGUCAAAUUUCACAAAUCGAUUUAUGCAGAAGAUGUGGUAAAGAUCGUAAUGAUAAAGAAAAUCAUAGUUCAUGUGAAAUAAAAUGUCACCACUGUGGUGGAGCACACACCUCAACUGAUUAUUCAUGUCCAUUUAUUCAAAAAUAUCGUCGUGAACUUGUACUUGAAUUAAGAAAUCGUCCUGAUUUACUUCCUGCUGAAGCUCAAUUGUUUUUACCAACAGAAUGUCGUGAAAAUGGAAAAGAACAAAAAUAUUAG